AUGGGAAAUAAGGUCGAAAUAGCCAUUUAUGAUUGGAGCAACGAGGCAAUAAGGUACUUGAGCAGUAACGGGAGAAGUCACACAACCGUUGUGGUAUUCAAUAGAGAGUUUGAGUUUAGUUAUGAAGGCAUCAGGUCCUUGGCACCACCGGGCAGCUCUUACAAAGGGACGCCAUCUAGAGUCAUCAAUACUGGGAUUACAGAAAUAGACGAGGACACAUAUAAGGACUUUUUAGAUGGUCUUUGUAGUGAGUUCAACGCAGGAAGCUACAACGUGGCGUACAGGAAUGGAAAUACGUUCACAGACAAAGCAAUCGACUUUCUUUGUGGAGCUAAGUUUCCAGAAUUCAUCAAUGCAGGAAGUGUGGGGUCUUUCGGGGGAAUUGGGGGUACAGGAAUGGUAGGGACGCAGGCUGCACUUGGUGGAGGAGUGGGAAAUGAUCAUGCCAGAAAUAACAUUCGAAUGAAUCUACCCAUGAUACCCAAUUCGCAAUAUCAAUCAGCAGAUGUUUUACCACAAUGGCCGACGCUGAAUGUAAUCUCAAAGGAGAUGAUGCAGAAUAUAAUCAUGAGUAAUUACAAAGCCAUUCUGAUGACGGUAUCACCAUUGACGACAUAUUCAUCGAAUAGCGUUGAAUUAUCACAAGCAUUCUACCAUUUAGCUGCUCAAAGAGGAAUUCCUGGAAUGAACAACGGGUUCAUGAGGUUGGAUGUGAUGAUGAAUAAGGAAAUUGGAGGUAUAUUAGGUGUUAAUGAGUAUCAACCGACCAUGUUCAUCGUAUUCAAGGGUGGGAUGAGAGUUAAUGUUUGGCAGGACAAUGAUGUGAAUAGAACGAUGAAUGCAUUAACGGAGUUCUUAAACAGCAUUUGA